UUAAAAACACAUUCCGACAUUUCACACCUUGAUUUGUGCUUGGAAAUUAAUGAAUUUUUCAGAAAAGCAGUGAUUGGUAUCAAAUUUAAUCAAAAGCAUGGAGCUGAUGAGAUUUACAAGAGUGAAAAUAAUUUGUUCGUUGAGGAUUCAUUGUUGGUUGGGUUGACUUCUUAUAUUUCCAUUUCUGAGUGUGUUGAAAAAGCUAAGGAAAGAUGUGCAACACUAUUAUUCGAAUUAUUUGUUGAUUCUGAUAGAAAAUAUUACGAAUGUGAUGUUUCUUUAUUUGAAAAACUAUUCCUCACUCACUAUCGUUUACAAUUUUAUUCUCAAAUUUUAGACGAAUCUGUUGAAACCACUGGCGAUGAAGAAUCGAAACUUCCCCAAUCCAUAGAUGAUAUCAUUGUCAACUCUCUUAUUCAAAUCAUUCAAUUAUGGAAAGAAUACUAUCCAAAAAGUCUUGUCGUCAUUUCUUGGAAUCUUCCAGGCAGCAACCCAACAAGCAAGUCAAUGGUCAAGACAUUUAAGGAAAAACAUGGCGAAUUAAUUGAAAAGUGUGAUCUUUCAUUCUUUCAAGAAUUUGCUACUGGAGAGAAUGGAGCUUGUGAUGCAUUUGUGAAAAGAUUUGAUAAGGAAUUCUUUGCCAUUCAAAAUCUGAAACGUUUCAAUAAGAAAUCAGACGAUUUUGGGGUAAUUAUGUGGAGUGAAAAGUAUUCGUUAAUUGAGAAAGAGUUUGGAUUUCAGGGAAUGAGGUCAAUUAAUCCAACAAUGAUCAAUGUUCAUCUUUCCAAUACCAUUACACGAGAAAGAGAAGAAGAAUUGGAAGAGCUCUUUAACUAUAUUUCGUCCAAACUUAAACGAAAGUCUUUCGUAUGUGCAGGUGAUUGGAAUACUGAGCUGAACCUUGAAAAGAUUCAUUCAAUUUCACAUUUCUCAUCAAUUGAUCAAUCCAAACAGAGAACCACAAAAUCUGGACGAAAGAUCGAUCACAUUCUAUUUUCUGAUGAUUUCCAGUGUAAACUUUGUGUCGUUCCUGAAAUUUUGGCGUUUUCUGAAAGCAAUCACUUUCCUAAAAUAGCGUUUCUCAAAGAAGUGGAUGAUUCCGAUUCAGAAAAUGAAGUAAAUGAAGAAGAAAUCGAUGAAAUCAUCUCCAACUUUUCAAAGAAAACAGUGUUGUAA